GUCAUUUCCUGCCAUCGCUUCCUUCACCGGAAAUCACGUGAUUGAGUGUUACACAUGCUUCCUUUAGCAGCUGGCAUGUUUUCUAUACAUUAAUGUCUUUUUAUUUUUCAUAGUAAUUAUCAUAUUUCCUUUCUUUAAAAAAUGCCAGGGAAACCGGAACUAAAAAUAAACACCAAGUUUGCUCAGAAAUAUGACAAAUACCGACAGAAAGAAGAGCUGCAGAAACUUAAGGACCGAUUUGGGGACAGAGACGACGGCAGUGACUCGGACUCAUCGGGGUCCAGCUCAGAUGACAGUGAAGUGGAGCUGGACCCCGCUGUCGAGAGGGACUUCUACAGGAUCCUGUCCCUGCUGAAGAAAAAAGACCCGAAGAUCUACGAGAAAGAUGCCAAGUUGUACUCUGAAGACACUUCUCACUGCGAUGAGAAGCCUUCAACCUCCAAGAAAGCUGCAGUCAAACCCAUGUUUCUCAAGGACUAUGAGAGGAAAGUCAUCCUGGAAAAAGAAGGCAAAUAUGAGGAUGACGACGACAGCGACGAAGAGGAGGCUGCUAUGAGACGACAGAGAGCAGCCUCUCCUAGCUACAUGCAGGAGCAGAGGGAGCUGAAGGCCAGCUUCCGCAAGUUUGUAGAGGACAGCGGCGAUGAGGACGACGGCGAGGAAGGAACGUCGAAGCUGCUGACGAGGAGGAUAAAGACGCAGGAGGAGAAGGAUGAAGAAGAGGCGGACUACGUGGAGUGGCUGAAAGGCCAGGCUGAGCUGGAGGAGGGAGAGGAGGUGACGGACAUGAAGUACUUAAGAGACUACUGGAACGACCCGCAGCUGGAGGAGAAGGAGCGCUUCCUCCGAGAUUAUGUGCUGAACAAGGGCUACCUGGACGAAGAGGAGGAUGAUGAUGAUGAGCGGAUCCCGACCUACGAUGAGGUGGUUCAGGACGACGUGGAUGACUCUGAGGAGGAGGGCGAGUCUUUUCUGGAGCGCCAGGAAGACUUUGAGAGAAGCUACAACUUCCGCUUCGAAGAGCCGGACUCCGAGCGGGUGAAGACCUAUCCUCGGAACAUCGCCACAUCCGUGCGAUCCAAGGAUGACUCCAGGAAGCGGAAGAGAGAGGAAGUGAAAGAAAGGAAGGAGAAGGAGAAAGAGCAGAAGCGCGAGCAGCUGAAGCAGCUGAAGAACCUGAAGAGAAACGAGAUCAUGGAGAAGCUGAAGCGGCUGCAGGAGCUGACGGGAAACGAGCAGCUGGCCUUCAGCCAGGACGACCUGGAGGGAGACUUCGACCCGCAGCAUCACGAUCAGCUCAUGCAGAAAUUCUUUGGCGAUGAAUACUACGGAGAGGAGGAGGAAGAGAAGCCCCAGUUUGAGGAAGAUGAUGAAAUGGAAGAUCACUGGAAUUGGGACACUUGGACUGGAGAGGAACAAGAGGAGGACUACGCUGAAGAGGAGUACAACGGGGAGGAGUCUGUGCCUCACUGUGAUGACGAAGACUUCAUUAUGGAUGCAGACUACGACCCCAGUCAACACUCUACGUCCAAGAAAAAGAAGAAGGAGAAGAGGAAGAAGAUGAAGAAGGAGGACCUGCCGCUGAUGGGGAAGAAGAGGAAGAAGUCGCACUUUGCAGAUGCGGUCACUCAGAAGAAGCCGGUGUUUGACCCCAAGGAGAAGACCUUUGAGCAGUACCUGGAUGAGUACUACAAGCUGGACUACGAGGACAUCAUCGACGACCUCCCAUGUAGGUUUCGCUACAGACAGGUGGUUCCCAACGACUUUGGUCUGACCAUGGAGGAGAUUCUGAACGCCAACGACAAAGAGCUGAACCGCUGGUGUUCCCUGAAGAAGACCUGCAUGUUCAGGUCUGACAAGGAGGAGCUGAGCGACUUGAAAAAUUAUAAAAUCAAAGCAAAAAAUGAAAAAAAGAAGAAGGAAAUUCUGGGUUCAGUUUAUACAGAACACGAUGAAGAUGAGGAGGACGCCAAGACGAAGGUGGGGAAGAAGCGGCGAGAUCGUCUGAAGAACGCAGAACACAGAAAUGAGGAAGAUGACUCCGCUAAAGAGACGCCAGAGAAUCCUCAGCAGGAAGAAGACGGUGUCGAGGAGGAGGAGGAGUUCCUCAUACCUAAGAAAAAGAUGAAAACAGAAGCCCAAGAGGAGGUGGAGAAACCGACCAGAGCAAGGAACGGGCAGAAAUGGUCCGGGAAGAAGCAGAAGCGCUCAGGCCACCGCCUCCUGUCCGCCGGCUCGGGGGUGAAGAUCGGCGGGCGCGAGUUCAGUCGGCAGCGGCUGAAGGCCUACGGGCUGAACCCCAAAAGACUGUACUUCAGACAGCUCGGCCGGCAGAGACGGAAAGCCCAGGAGAAGAAGCUGAAGCAGAAACACAAAGAGUGAACUCAAACUUCUGCUCACAGCGAGCGGUUAGAAAACAUCCGGUUCAUGUUUUUUAUUUUUGCCCUUUUGGAGUUUUCUGAGUUAACUCAAAGAGAUAAUGAUCAUAUUUCUGAUCAAAACAAACAGGAAAAUGUCUCUUUCUUUAAUUUCUUCAUGUUGUGUAAAUAUAAACUAAAUUUAGAAUUUAGCUCUGGAAACACGGGGAACUUUCUGACACCACUAUGGAGCUAAAAUAAGCUCCACCUGCCUUUACGUGGGUUGUUUUCCACGGUGUUCAGGAGAAAAGCAGGAAACCACAUGAAAGAGUUUGUGUGAAUCAGUGACCUGUGUGGCCUCAGACUGCUACUGUCUUCACUACAGUGAUGCUCAGAGAAAACCAAACUUUCCCUACAAGCAGAUGACUUUGACCUACAUUUGGGGGAAAGGAAGCCGCAUGUAAAGGUUGACUUACGCAUGAAUUUUUCCAUAUCAGUCUGAAAAUCUUUGAAGGAAUUUGUUUGUUUUUCUGACAUUUAAAGUUUGGAUUCGAAAUAUUGAUUACCAUCGUUGGUGAGUGUGACCUUCACUGACAAGGUAUUUGAUGAAAAAAAAGGUAGGAAGUAAUUAACAAUAUUCUAAAUUAAUUCAGAAAAUGUGAAAGGGUUAAAAAUAAAAUUGUUUUUAGGCUGUUUUAUGUGUUUUACAGAUGAAAAAGUUAUAUUUUUUUUAUCAAAAAGUCCUAAUUUAAUUUACAAUUUUUGUUCCUCAAAUGUAAAUACUGUACAUUUAGUUUACCUGCUGAACACAAAUAUUCAUUAGAAUGUAAUCAACUGCAUUUCCACUGUAUUUUUUAUACAAAGUUCAACUUAAAAGUAAAAGGAACAAAUACUGGGUGCACAAAAGCAAUACAAGAAAAACGAUUAUACUUGGAUAAUCAAAAUUCACAAAAUAUUAAAAAA